AUGGGUGAUUUUAAUUCAAUGCUUUUCCCUCAUGAUGGGUUGGGGGGUUCCUCUAGGCGAAAUUCUGACAUGGAGGAGUUUCAUCUCUGUCUGGAAGAGGCAGAAUUAUUUGACAUUUCGUAUCAAGGUUGCCAAUUUACUUGGAUACAGAAACCUUCGGGGGGAGAUGGUGUUAUGCGCAAACUUGAUCGUAUCCUGGGCAAWUCUGCUUUUAUCACUAGAUUUGGGGAUGCUUCGGUWUUCUUUGAACCAAGGGGGAUAUCUGAUCACUCUCYGGGUAUUCUUUCUUUUAAAGUUGGUAGACGUCUUUGCCAACGUGGCUUUAAGUUUGAUAAUUUUGUGACUUCUCAUAAGGAUUUCCUUGCUUCUGUGGAGGAGGUGUGGACGAAACCUCAUAGAGGAUCUUAUAUGAAGAGGGUGCUUCGGAAAUUGCAAGCUCUGAAGGUGGUUUGUCGGCGUCUACGAAAUUCGUAUGGUUGUUUGGAUAAAAGGGUUGUUCAGUUAAAGACGGAACUUGAUGUCGCUUAA